UCUCUUUCAUUCCCUCCCUCCAUCCCUGCUGCGGGGGCGCGCACUCGUGCCCGCGCAUCCCAGCCCAGGCUUUUCUUAGAAGCCUGGCUGCUGCAGCUCUUUCUCUUCGCUGAACAAAGGCUUGGAGGAUCCCUGACUUGGCUCGAUCUCUUUGGAAGAGCUGCGAUCUACCCCUCUCAACUCGUUCCUCUGGAGGAUCUGGGGCACAAAGGGAUCCUUUUUCUUCUUUGGAAGAAAAUGCAUGGGAUGCAUGGAGGGCAAAGCUGGCCAGGAGCUGCCUUUUAAAUGGUUGCAAGCCAUCGCGAUCCCAGCCUUGGGAGAAAGACACCUUUUGUGGCUAUGUGGCAAGGGGCCUUUGAGCAGCAUCGCUGGAUGGUGCUCCUUAAGGAGAACAGAGCUUCCUGACUUUCACUGAAUGGCGUCCGCUUCAUGAGGCUUUGCGAAGGGCAGAGCUGGCAUGGGAAAUCACAGCAACAACCAUACCUGCUUGAUGGAUGAUUCCUUCAAGUACAACCUCUACGGAGCGGUCUACAGUGUGGUCUUCAUCCUGGGCUUGAUCACCAACUGCGCCUCUUUGUUUGUCUUCUGCUUUCGCAUCAACAUGAGGAAUGAGACCACCAUUUUCAUGACCAACCUGGCUGUCUCUGACCUGCUCUUUGUAUUCACUCUCCCCUUCAAGAUCUUCUACAACUUCAACCGACACUGGCCAUUCGGGGACCCUUUGUGCAGGAUCUCUGGGACGGCUUUCCUGACCAACAUCUAUGGGAGCAUGCUGUUCCUCACUUGCAUCAGUGUCGACCGCUUCCUAGCGAUCGUCUAUCCAUUUAGAUCUCGUACGAUCAGGACGAGGAGGAAUUCGGCCAUCGUUUGCGCAGGUGUCUGGAUUCUGGUUCUCAGUGGAGGGAUCUCAGCGUCCUUGUUUUCUACCACAAACACCACCAACAAUAGCACCACAUGCUUUGAGGGCUUUUCCAAAAGCAUAUGGAAGACCUACUUGUCCAAGAUUACAAUAUUUAUUGAAGUGGUUGGCUUCAUUAUUCCCCUUCUGCUCAACCUCACGUGUUCAUCUUUGGUCCUGAGGACUCUCCGGAAACCGGCCACGCUCUCGCAAAUUGGCACAAACAAAGAGAAAGUGCUCAAGAUGAUUGUUGUGCAUGUGGCCAUCUUUGUGGUGUGCUUUGUGCCCUACAACUCCAUCCUUUUCUUGUACGCUCUCGUUCGCUCGCAGGCCAUUGCGAACUGUUCCUUGGAGAGGUUUGUGAGGACUUUCUAUCCCAUCACGUUGUGUAUCGCCACCCUCAACUGUUGCUUUGACCCUUUCAUCUACUACUUCACAUCAGAAUCUUUCCAGAAAUCUUUCUAUAUAACCCCUCACCUCAAAACAGAUUCCUUGUUCAGAACUGAAACUCCUUUAACAAAGCUUGGCUUGCCAGCCAUGCAGGAAGAAAUGAGACAUAGGGCUAUUACAAAUGGGGUAGAAGUGACAUCUGAGUCAAGUUUUUGAUACUGGAGUUUUCUGUUCCGCCAGUAGACUGGAAAUUGGAUUCCAUUCAGAACUCAAUUUUGCCAUUUUUUUGGAAGCAGAAUUGAAAACCAUCCAAGAUGGGAACUGUAUAGGAAAGUGUGCGCACGCAAGUGCAUAGGUGUAUAUGUAUGCAUAAUGCAUGUAUCUGCACAGCCAGAUGUUUGUCUGGCCUCAUGAAAACUCAUCAUCCCAUUUUUAACUCAAGUAACAUUGCCCAUACCUAUGUCUUGCUUUUAAAGCUAUGAAAUAAUAAAAUGUUUUACCUCGUCUUGA